AUGAACAAUGAGCAGGAACUUAACAACCUGAUUGAGAUGUUCAAACUCAUGGGUCAAUCAUUGCCACAUAACUUUGCAACCCACGAGAGUAUGAUCAUAUCAAAGCUUACCUCUGUUGGAUGGGGGAAGAAUGAAUCAUCAGAGUCGGCCUUUCUUCUGUCUGAUACCAUCAUAUCAUCGUUCAAAUCAUCUGGCCUACCUCCUCCAUCAUCCCUGGUUCAAUAUUUGAACAGCACUACAAUAGAUCGUGACCAUACACCGCCAAAGGUCGACUUGGUAGAGCUACUCAUUCGCAUGUAUGACGUGACCAAGCGAGAGACCUACUUUGAGUUGGUGAUGCUAAUGCUGAUCAAGAUACCAUCGACUCAAUCGAUGAUUGAUCGCCUCUUCCAGUCGCAUCCAACCGAGAUCAAACUAUUCUUCACCAAGGAGUCCAACAUUGACAAGAUGGCCACAAUGGCGAUCAACCUCAGCCUGGUGAUAAACUGCAUCGUUCAAUCAUUCGUCCCCGAUCAUUUGGUACCGUUGAUCAUCGGCAAAUCAUCACCAUCAUACACACGAUGUGAUAGCAACGUCGUAUUCACAUCAACUUGCAAGGACCAGUCCAGAGCAUCGAUCAUGUUCAUCGACAUCAUGUUUGAUGGCUAUCAUGGAGAGAUGAAAUGGGGCACCGACAAACUACAUUCUUACUUCAAUAAUGUCAAUAUGGACUAUGUCAGCAUACUUGUGAAAAAUGUCCAGGAGGUAGGACACUGUGGCCCAGCAUACCAUCUGCUCAGAUACCUAUACAGUCUCCAACACAUUUGUAUUGGUUACAAAGAUGUCAAGCUCAAGUUGAGAUCGAUCACUCACAACAUGGACAACGAAGACGAAUGUGCCAAACAACGACAACUCUUCAAAGAGUUCAAACAACAAUCAUUAUUCAACAACCAACCAAAGAAGAAAAAGGUCACCAAACGAGUCAACGAGUCGUUGCCAGCACUUCCACCAUUGGUGAUCAAUCACAUUGUGAGUAUGGCCAUUCGAUUUGGAUUCAACAACGACACUGGACUGAGUCAGAGAUGGCUUAUCUCAUUGGCAUUGGUCAACAGUCAAUUCCACAAGACAUGCACUUGGACAUUGACCAACUUUGCCAUCCCUUCAUUGUCAAUUGGCCAAGAUAUCCCAACUACGUCAACCUACGGUCUGUUCCAGAAGACACCACUACAUCUCAGAAGCACAGAGAUCAAGCACGUCCCACAAAGGAAGGGUUCAUUGUGUGCCUCGCGAUUGAUGAGCUUGACCGUGCCAUUCUCCAAAGGCGUUUGUUGGGCGGCUAGGGGCUCGUUUCCAAAUCUCAAGGCAAUCAACUUUAUUCAGCUCGAUGCUAUUCCAAAGCAACAGAAUGGCAUUUACAAACGAGAUCCCAUUGUCGUUGAACGAAUGCAUCUCGAAUCACUAAAUGCGCCGACACUAUUCAGCCAACUGCUCGGUACUCUUGUCAAUGGCAGACAUGGACUACAAUCAAUCAGCGUUACGACCAGUGCACUGGACAAUCCAUUUGAUUACCUACCCCUUCAACAGAGUUCAACGAUCAAUCUGAAGUGUCAUGUCGACCGUUUGAAUCUUGGGCAGCUCACGUCUUCCGAGACAACAACAUCCACCAUGUCACUUUCGCAUAUCACAUCAAUCAAAGUAGUAUCCAAAGACAUACCAUUGCUAUACAGGAUGACCAACCUCAGCAGUCUGCAUCUCCAGUUCAAUCAACCAGUUCCAGACAAUGGUAUGAUUGAUCGACUUCAAGAGUUCUACGCUGGAACACUCACUCUCAAUACACUUGUGCUCCAUAUGUCGUCAGUGAAUGUGAUUCACUUGUUGCCUCAUUGCCAGACGACACCAAUCACAUCACUCACAUUGGCCUUCACUGACAUUGAUCGUUUGGCCAUGCUCAAUGUCAAGGGCAAGCUGCACCAACUCUUUGACACGAUGGCCACACAUCUCCAACAGACCAUGAUCAAACAGUUGGAAUACCUCUCGAUCUACAUGACCAAUCAGUCCAACAUCAUCAUUCCAUUCAACAUCCAAUGUCUGUCGCCAUUGAUCACUGAUCUCCAAUUGCAUUACAUCAAUCCAAUAAACUUCUACAGACUCCUCGUCGACUAG